AUGGGCCAUCACAGAUCACUAGCUGUCACCGAUCACUGGCUGUCACCGAUCACUGGCUACCACCCAUCCCUGGCUACCUCCCAUCACUGGCUACCACCCAUCACUGGCUACCACCCAUCACUGGCUACCACCCAUCGCUGGCUACCACCCAUCGCUGACUACCACCCAUCACUGACUACCACCCAUCACUGGCUACCACCCAUCACUGGCUACCACCCAUCACUAGCUACCACCCAUCACUGGCUACCACCCAUCACUGGCUACUACCCAUCACUGGCUACCACCCAUCACUGGCUACCACCCACCACUGGCUACCACCCAUCGCUGGCUACCACCCAUCGCUGGCUACCACACACUAAUGGCUACCACCCAUCACUGGCUACCACCCAUCACUGGCUACCACCCAUCACUGGCUACCACCCAUCACUGGCUACCACCCAUCACUGGCUACCACCCAUCACUGGCUACCACCCAUCACUGGCUACCACCCAUCGCUGGCUACCACCCAUCACUGGCUACCACACACUAAUGGCUCCACCCAUCACUGGCUACCACCCAUCACUGGCUACCACCCAUCACUGGCUACCACCCAUCACUGGCUACCACCCAUCACUGGCUACUACCCAUCACUGGCUACCACCCAUCACUGGCUACCACCCACCACUGGCUACCACCCCUCACUGGCAACCACCCAUCACUGGCUACCACCCAUCACUGGCUACCACCCAUCACUGGCUACCACCCAUCCCUGGCUACAACCCAUCACUGGCUACCACCCUUCACUGGCUACCACCCAUCACUGGCUACCACCCAUCACUGGCUACCACCCAUCACUGGCUACCACCCAUCACUGGCUACCACCCAUCACUGGCUACCACCCAUCACUGGCUACCACCCAUCACUGGCUACCACCCACCACUGGCUACCACCCAUCACUGGCCACCACCCACCACUGGCUACCACCCAUCACUGGCUACCACCCAUCACUGGCUACCACCCAUCACUGGCUACCACCCACCACUGGCUACCACCCAUCACUGGCUACCACCCAUCACUGGCUACCACCCAUCACUGGCUACCACCCAUCACUGGCUACCACCCAUCGCUGGCUACCACCCAUCACUGGCUACCACACACCAAUGGCUACCACCCAUCACUGGCUGCCACCCAUCACUGGCUACCACCCAUCACUGGCUACCACCCAUCACUGGCUACCACCCAUCACUGGCUACCACCCAUCACUGGCUACCACCCAUCACUGACUACCACCCACCACUAGCUACCACCCACCACUGGCUGCGACCGAUCACUGGCUGUCACCAAUCACUGGCUACUACCCAUCACUGGCUACCACGCAUCACUAGCUACCACCCAUCACUGGCUACCACCCAUCACUGGCUACCACCCAUCACUGGCUACCACCCAUCGCUGGUUACCACCCAUCACUGGCUACCAUGCAUCACUGGCUACCACCUAUCACUGGUUACCACCCAUCACCUGCUACCACCCAUCACUGGCUACCACCCAUCACUGGCUACCACCCACCACUGGCUACCAUCCAUCACUGGCUGUGACCGAUCACUGGCUGUCACCAAUCACUAG